AUGGACAUUGGCCAACUUAAUGGUGUGAUAUUUCUUGAUUUAAAAAAAGCAUUCGAUCCUGUUAAUCACGACAUCCUUCUUAGUAAGUUGGCAAUUUAUGGCAUAAGGGGGUCGGCAUUACGCUGGCUCAACUCCUAUUUAACAGGUCGAAUACAAUAUUGCCAAGUGAAUGCCCAUUUAUCUGAUCCUCUAUGUGUGACAACGGGUAUACCACAAGGUUCGGCUCUUGGUCCACUCUUGUUCCUAAUUUACAUAAAUGACCUACCUAAUUGUCUGGAACACACUAAAGUCAAUAUGUUUGCCGACGAUACCCAAAUUGAAACAGCAGGUUAUGAUGUUAAUACAAUUGCUGAGGAACUUAAUCAAGAUCUAGAAAACGUUUCAGUUUGGUUGUCGGCAAAUAAACUAACUUUAAACAAAACGAAGACAGAAUACAUGAUAAUAG